AUGGUUUCUGCAACAAGAGCUUGUCGGCCUUUGAAUCGACUUACCACGGGUUUGCGACAGCCGGGCCUUCAAAGCCGCUGGCCACUACCCACAGCAAACACCCUCCGUACUGCAGCGAGCCACAGAAUUUCCCCAUACGCAACGUCGCAGUUCCACACUACCGCAUCGCGCCGAGCAGACGAAGAGCCGUCCCGUGCCGACCUUUCAUCCUUAGAUGUGCUGGGCAAUACACCGGUGCCCGCCACUUCCGUAGACGUCUGCACGUCGAGCGGCUUCCACCUCAACAGCGGCGCAAGAGUCACCGACGGCUCCGGCGUCCUCUUAAUCAACGGCGAAGCCUUCACAUGGCGCCCAUGGGCACCUCGCGGCGAGAAGAGGUUGCUAAAUAAGAAGGGGCAAUGGGAUGUGCCGAAUGAAACCUUCGGGUUGUUUGGAUUGCUAUGGCCUCGACCAGAUUUAUUAAUUAUCGGCCUCGGUCCGGAUAUCCGCCCCAUGAGUCCGGAGCUGAGGAAGCAUAUUAGCAGCUUAGGUAUGAGGGUAGAGAUUUUGGACACGCGGAAUGCGGCUGCGCAGUACAACUUGCUGGCUACGGAGAGGGGUGUUGAGGACGUCGCGGCUGCGUUGAUACCCAUUGGCUGGAGAGAAGGCGUGGGCGCUGCUUGA